UACACUUCCGGGUGUCAAAAUCUUUACGAUAUUUUGAGAUAAAUACACAUUUAUGAGAUGUAUUUAAACUGUUUUGAAUUUCUUGAACACGAGAUCAUAUUUAGAUGUGUUAGAGUCUCACAAGCAGCAUAUGCUAUCCACUUUUUUCUGACGAUGAAUUAUUUGACAGCGGGCCUUCACACAAAGCCGUGUGGGCGGUUUACCGCAUUCACCGCAACACAAUCAUUGAAUUACGUUGACAAUGGUGGCAAUUAUAAUGAAUGAAUAAGCCGAGCCCAAUUAAAGCAAAGCCCAAGAGAAUAUCGAUCUAUCCGAGUCGCGAUUUUAUCAUUUCAUAGUAUACCGGCAAGAAUCCUUACGUUGCAGCAUUGUGAGGAUGGGUGCUGGGAGGUGCUGAUCUUAUCUUACUGGAGAAAAUGAUGGAAACAUUGCACGGUUUGGUGGAAAAACAGAUUUCUGGACAGUGUUAUAAAGUGGCUGUUCAGUUCGAUGAUGGAAUAAACAAGUCAUUCAUCACCUACCAGGACCUCUGCAACACAGCCAAUAUUGUCAGCGAGGUACUGCGGUCAAGUGGAGUGGACAAUGAGACGGUCGGGCUGUGUGUGUCCCCAAGUGUUCACCUACCAUCUGUCCUCCUUGGGGUUCUGCAGACACCAGCAUCGUUCUUCCCCUUCGACGCUGAUGGAAGCUUGUACCUUCGCCAGGCCCUCCUCCAAAUCAGGGCUAGGUUUGUGCUUGUUGAUGUGGAUCACUUGCAGAGACUGGAAGAUGUGACCAACACCCUGCGUGGAGCCGUGGUACCCUGUAUGGAGCUGUUUGAGCUUGGCCUUGUUCUCGUGUCACUGCAGGAUAUCUCGGCACGCCCACAAGCCAACUCAUUAGCAUACUGCAUCACCCGUCCGGGACAACUAGUGUUCCGAAGGUGGUCCGCGUCCCACACAGCUGCAUCGUGCCCAACAUUCAACAUCUCAGUGUCACUGCAGGAUAUCUCGCCAUGCCCACAAGCCAACUCAUUAGCAUACUGCAUCACCACGUCCGGGACAACUAGUGUUCCGAAGGUGGUCCGCGUCCCACACAGCUGCAUCGUGCCCAACAUUCAACAUCUCAGGUAACUGUACAAUAAGCUGUGUAUUAAUAUGACUGACCUUUGUUUUCUUGCAUCACCUUUGACCUUUGACCCAAGCAUAGUAGAGAUCUUUGUGACCUUGACCUCAGGUGCAACCCUGCUUAUCACCAACAAUGAAGUGAAAUCCUCACCAAAGAAGUUGCUGGAGAUUCUGUACCACAGGAACAGUGUGUCAGUGCUACAGAUGACGCCAUCAUUAUUGUUGAGGUUUGGCCCGUCGGUUCUGAGAACCACACUUCUGAGUCGGGGGUCAAGUGUUCGGAUCCUGGCGCUGGGAGGGGAGAAUCUGCCCACCAGGGACAUCCUUCGGUCAGCCAUGGCCCCUGACUGUCAAACCACCUUCUACAACCUGUAUGGAGUGACCGAAGUGUCCUGCUGGGCCACAUGCUUCCAGUUUAAGUCCACAUUUCUUGAGCAUGGUGAAGGAGAUAUUCCACUGGGUUCUGUUCUUGAUGGAACAGAGGUGAAGGUCAUUGACAGUGAAGGUCGUCAGGUGACCAGCGGAGAGGGGAGACUGCAGAUAGGCAGCCGUGAGCGAGUAUGUCUCCUGAAUGAUGAGACGGAAGCUGUUAUGGAGAGUCUCCCGUGUGGCGAGACACAGGGGAUAUUGUAUGUGUCCAGGACGAUAACACCAUUAUAUAUAUUGGUCGCCUUGAUGAUCAGAUCAAGCGGCAUGGCUGUUCAACAGCUACCAGGAAUCAUGGACAGUAGAGUUCUCUCCCUUGCUGAUCGUCUGCUGCUGUUUGUUGUGUCUGAGGCCCCUUGUGAAGACGCCCAGCAUGCAUCACUCAAGAUGGCGGUCACAUCACAUUUACAGGAGAUGCUACCACCUCACUAUCAGCCAGACCAGGUGAUGCUGGUGGACCAGAUUCCUCUCACUAAACAUGGGAAGACUGAUACCAAGUUGCUGGCAAGGAUGUGGGAGGAGGAGAUCAUCAGGUCACCCACACUGCUGACCGAUGUCCGACACUGGUGCAACAGUCUCUGGCAGGCCCAUCUACCAGAACGGUGCAGAGAUGUGCUGGAUGUGGAUGAGUUUCUGGCUCUGGGGGAACUCCCUCCAGGCAGUCCGUCUGGUUGGAAGGUUGAGGAUCUUAAAGCUCUACCAACAACCAUCCAGGGCCAAUAUGAAGCUUCUCUAUCUGUAGAGAGAAAACGUGAGGAUCGUGAAGCCCUACCAACAACCAUCCAGGGCCAACAUGAAGCUUCUGUAUGUGGAGAGGGGAAGAGGGAUCAUCCUGAAGCUGGUCCAGCAACUAAACAGAGCCAAGAUGAAGCCACUGUAUCUGUAGAGGAGCAGAGAGAUCCACUUCAAGCAGUUCCAGCAACACCUGCUCAUCCUGAUGGGAGUGAGCCUGUAUCAGAUGAUGUUAUGGAAGGUGUCCAUGAUGGCUCAAAUAGCCAGAUGAACCUUGAGAGUGAAAACUGUUUGACAGAGCAUGUGCUUAAGUUUGCUGGAUCUGUUUCUCGAGGCAGUAGAUAUCAGGGAACAGCUGCUGCCUCCUCGUCAGUUCCAGUUAGGUUAUCAAUGGCCAGUGUAGACACAGGUCUUACAGAUUACCUUCAGGAUCGUGUGACAAAAUGUUCAGAUGAUGAGCUGGAUCGAGUAUUGAGUGAGCAGGUAUCAGCAGGAGAAAAGGAUGGUGUGUUGGUGGAUGGAGUAGAUUCAAGACAUGCAGGAGGUGAUCAGGAUCGUGUGUCAAUGUCCUUGUGUUGGAAGUAUGACACUGAGAAGUGUGUGGAUGCUUCUCCUCUGGUGGCAGUCAGCAGCUCUGGCAGCCAUGUUGUGUACAUCGGUUCCCACUCGUACUUGAUGUGUGCUAUAGACCUGACAACUGGUUGUGAGUUGUGGCGGACGCGACUCGGUGACCGUGUGGAGUCCUCAGCCUGUCUCAGCCAGUGUGGACGAUGGGUAGUUGUAGGUUGCUAUGACAACUGUGUAUACAUGCUAUGUGCAGUGUCAGGUGAUAUCAAGUGGACAUAUAAAACAGGUGGCUGCGUCAAGAGCUCUCCGACCCUUGACCCCAUGACCUCGCAUAUCAUCAUUGGCUCGCAUGAUGGCUGCCUACAUUCAGUGGAUAUCAAUAAGCAGAGGUGUGUCUGGAGGCGGAGUCUUGGUACUGGCAGCGUGUUCUCCUCUCCCUGUGUCAGUCGCCAUCAUCGCCAUGUCUAUGUGGGCACCCUCGGCUCAAACCUACAUGCUGUCAACCCUGAUACAGGUGAAGUGCUGUGGUCCAGGGACACAACGAAACCCAUCUUUUCCUCUCCAGCAGAGAACUACAGUAGUGUUAUAGUUGGUUGUGUGGAUGGUAGCAUUUUGUGUUUCAACCAUCACGGCGACAAGACUUGGACUUUCUCCACUGAUGGCCCAGUGUUUUCCUCACCACUGGUCAUUACUCCAUCCCUGGUCCCCACAUGUACCUCAAGUGAACCGGAGGACGUGGUGUUGGUUGGAUCUCAUGACAAGCACCUAUACUGCCUCACUAUGACCGGGAAGAAGCUAUGGUGCUGGGCAGCAGAAUCAGCCAUAUACACCACGCCAUUUGUCUGGCACCAGGGAGCCCCACAGGUGUCGGCUCAGAGGAAGGGAAGGCUGGCCUCCAGAGGGACAUCUUUGGAAGAGGAACUUCAUUAUCAGACAGAGCUGUCUAAUGGAAUAGCUUUGCCCACAGCAACACAGCAUCUGACUUUCAGCUCAGAUUCAAAACUGGCCGAUUCUGUAAAACAUCUUUUGGUAGAUCAAAGCAAACUGACACGUGUGUUUUGUAAAUGUUCCCUUCACAGACACAAAUGUAAUGACUGUAAGCUAAUGCCAUAUAAACAGGGUUUGUACAGCGUCGCAAGGAUCAGCUCAGUGGACUGUGUUACAUGUAGUUCCCUAAAGCACAAAACUUUCCUCAGCACAAAGGAAGAACCAUGUGUCAAGAAGCAGAGAUAUCACAUUGACAGUGCUUCUCACUUGAAAGAAGUCCGGGUGUAUGAACAUGAUUUGUGUCAUGCUCAGUAUCAUCAAAAGCUUCUUGAACCAUCCACAAACUCAGAAAUGUCAUUCAUUGCAUCAUGGCCAAACCUAGGACUGGAUCAUUCCUCAAAGUUCCAUCCUCCAUUGUCUAAAACUGCCUCAGCUGCAGCUGAUCCUCAAGGGAAAGGUUCUGGAUUGAAUCUUUGUCUUCAUGAUGGAAAAUCUACCGACAAUAACCAAAAUACCCCUCCUACCUCUCAGCAGAUAUCAGAUCAAAUUGAUCAGCAUUUGAUAUGUCUUCCAAAAGGACAGCUGCCUUUUGACUCAAAUAUCUCAGUGCAUAGUGAUUCAACACAGCAGCGGGCCCAGAUACAAAACAUUCCACAUGAAUCCAACCCUCCAUCUGCCCACGUCCAUCCAUGUCAUUGUCAAGGUUCUCAAGGCUCUUCAGACUCCUUACCAGAGAUGUCACGGUCUGGUCCUGUUGUAGGUACAUUCUUAUCAGAUAUGUCCAAGUCUGGUGCUAUUCAUGACACAUCCUCACUGGAUGUAUGUACCAAGGAGACUGCAGCCAGGGAAUGCUGUGGGUGUGGACGAAGCAGGUGCUUGUCCCGAGAAUGUCCUACAGCAUCCCCAGCAAGAUGUCCGACUAGUGGAGGUGUGGUGUAUGUGGCCUCCACAAGUGGCAACCUGACUGCUCUCUGUGUGACCACCGGACAGCAGCUGGACAAUACACUUCUACCUGGAGAAGUCUUCUCCUCUCCUGUUGUAGUUGAUGGGCGAUUGGUUGUUGGGUGCAGGGAUAAUAACAUUUAUUGUUUCAGGGUGGGUGACAUCUAGAACCAGUCCAGUCUGUGUCUGGCAUGG